UCGACCAUAGCACAAGCUAUGCCUGAUAACCAAUUCACCGUGACCGUGAAGAAGACUGCUGUUUCUACCAGAUGCAAUCUUCAAGGAAAGUACACGUUGUUCGUUGAGGAGGACAGCCUGAUCUUGAAAGAUCCUGUGACUAAGGAAGUUAUGUAUAAGUGGCCUUACCAACUUCUGCGGAGAUAUGGAACAGAUAAGGAAUCAUUCAUGUUUGAGGCAGGCAGAAGAUGUGAUUCAGGAGAAGGGGUUUUUUUAUUCAACGCAAAGGAAGUUGGAAAAAUUUACCACAAGGUUGAUACAGUUGUUAAAACAAUAGAAUCAAACAAAGAACAUCAGUCAAUGAAAUCCAACUCUGAGACUUCCACAGAAUCUGUCAGAAAACAAUUAAAUACAGCAAGUUUCUCUCAAGAUGUGUUCAUCCAAACAUCUCAAGGUGGAAGUGGGCAUGCAUUGAAAAUUGAUCAAGAGACUGAAAAAGGUUCCAAAACAUCCAAGAGUAAAUCAAAUCAAGAAUGGAAAGGCAGUAGCUCAGCCUGUGGAGUUGAGUUAAAUGUGGAGAUGGGUGGGAAAAGCAAAGGUAUUUCUACAGAAGAAAGAGAACAAGUAGUUUAUGCCACUGUUAAUCAUUCUAAAGGUAGAUCAAAGAAAGAGAAUAUGGAAAACAUAACAAUUGAUCCUAUGGCAUACAAAGAAGUUGAGAAAGAUCAUGAUUCUGAAACAAGUCCAAUCUAUGAGAAUAUUUCUGAGAGAAGCUUCUCAUUUUCCUUCAACAUGGAAUCACCUUUCCCCAAAGACAUAGAAGGGCCAAUUUACCAAGAUUCAGGGGAGAAUAUCGAUGAUGAGAAUGAAGUUUCUGGCGCAGAUUACGUAAACGUUGCAACUGAAUGGAGUCAGCAAGUUACAGGAAAUGACUGGAAAAAUGGUCUAGCCAGUCAGAAAAUUGAUGUGUGCACAACAGUUGAUCAAAAGAAGACUAAGGAAAGAGGGGCUUCCCCAAACUAUGAAAUCUCAAAGCUCACCAAAGAAAAGUUUCCUCCUGGCUUCCAUGAGAUGCUAUCUGGCCUAUAUGCUGUAGAAUUGAGUAAAACGCGAGAAGGCAAGGUAGAGAGUGGUGGAAAAUACGACAGCAACAGGGGAAGAAAAGGACAAAAGAUUGUGAAGGGUGGACAUGAUACUCAAGAGUGA